AUGGAUCCUUUCAAACUUCCAACCAAGAUUUCUCACAACUCAGGGCACCAAAUGGCAUGGUACAAAAAACAGCAUUCAAAUAAAAAGCAUGGUACAAUUCAAAAAUUGUGUUUGAACUGUAAGGAUGUCAAUGACAUGCUAAAUAAUUUGUGUAUUAUUGUGGAGUUUGAUGAAUUUCAUUCACCUAUUGGAGAGGUUGUCAGUUUGCUUGCUGGACCUCGAUAUUAUUUUAAGGUACAUGAAGAUUUAGCUAAAAGGUAUAUUGAGGCUUCGAUUGGCAAAAAGUGGAAGGGAUAUAGGGGUAAUAUUUUGAAAGAUAAAUAUAACCCACUUUUAAGCAAAAGUGAGAUCAUCAAAAAUAGACCUAUUGACGUUCCUCUGGACCAUUGGGCAUUAUUUGUUGAGUAUCGAUCAAAACCAGAAACGAUGGAUCUUUGUAAGAGAAACCAACAAAUAAGGACGAAACAAUUGUUUUCUCAUACGUGUGGUGCUAAGUCUUUGGCAAGGAGAAGACAUGAGCUAGAAAAGAUUGACACUCAUUUAAAUAAAAACCCUGAGGCUUCUUAUGAAAUUUCUUCAAAUGAUGUUAUUGGAAAGGUAUUAGGAAGAGAGCAUCCUGGCCGUGUUCGAGCAAUGGGCAUGGGAGUGGUUCCUACCACUGCUUUUAAAUAUACCACUACAAGACUUAGUGGUAUGGAUUUUGGUUCUUCAAGUGGUAGUAAUUCAAGUGGUAGUUCUUCAUUAGUGGAACAAAGACUUGCAUAUGUGACUGCUCUAUUGGAAGCAGUUGUUGGCUACAUUAGUGCGAAAGAAGGUGGUACACUCCCUGCAGAGUUAGCUGCCGUACUUGCAAAUCAAACACAACAGGCUUCUAAAGCAGGAAGUGAACCUUCAUCACCUUGUGACAUAAGAAGAUCAUCAAAUGCAAGCAAUAUACAUGAAGAAAAUCAUCAGAGUCCUUCAAAGGACAUAUGA